AUGGAUGAUAUUGUCUCUACACUCGGUGAUAUUCCAACUGUUAUCUCAAAAGAUGAAUGUAUUUACUGUUUUGAAACCUGUCUGAACAGAUUGAAUGAUACGCCAAAAACACAUUCUUUAAAUGUUUGUUUAAAAUGUUUUCAAACCGUAUGCCCCCGUCAUGUCACUCUACAUAGACAGGCUGCCUUUAUUUGCCAAGAUUCCCAACAUGAUACAUAUUUACAAAUAUGGAAGCAAGAGAAAGAACUAGCAACUCAACCAUCCACGCAAGCAAACAAGAAAUUGAAAUUAGUGGUUCAUGAAGCUAGCAAAAAUGACACAUUUACGACUCUUUGGAACGUGAUUAAAUAUGAUCCAAUGGGUACUAACGAAGAUGAGAUGGGUUUGUAUAAUGUGGUGUUGUCUUCUGAUGAUCCAAAUGAAAAACCUAGUUUUAUUAACCGUAUCUUGAGUGCAAAAUCUCAAACGACCAUGGAUCAGACUCAUUCAUGGGAACUCACUAUGAACAGCUGUGAUCAUAUUAGAAAGUUUGAACCCUCUUUAAUGAAUCAAACUUUGCAAAUCAACAUCUUAAAUGAGGUUCAAUGUGAAGACUGUUCUCUGACCCAAAAUUUGUGGCUAUGCUUACAUUGUGGUAACGUUGGUUGUGGCAGGAAACAGGUUGGUAUUGAAGGCCAUUCUCAUGCAUUAGCUCACUACGAAGACAAUAGGACGCACUCACUUGCUGUUAAAUUGGGAUCUUUAAGUGCCACUACAAAUGAUGUGUAUUGCUAUUCCUGUGAUGAAGAUGUCAGAUUCCCCGAUAAUAAUCAAUUACAUGAUAUCCUUUUGAAUUUAUACCACAUCGACCUAUCUAAUAUUGAUCAAGCCAAAGAAAAAACUUUGACAGAACUACAAGUGGAGCAAAAUCUUCAAUGGGAUUUCCGUAUGACUGAUUCUCAAGGAAAAGACUUGAUUCUUUUACCUCAUGGCAGUAAAUAUGGGUUGGGUUUACAAAACUUAGGUAAUUCUUGUUACAUGAAUUCUGUGCUUCAAUUGUUAUUCCAUGAUAGAGAAUGGGCCCAAUCUUUGAUAAAGGAAUAUGGUGGUGUUGAAUUUCCAAGAGAUAUAAUGUAUCCCUCGACCAAUUUGCGCUGUCAAUGGAUUAAAUUGUACAGAGCUAUGGUGUUGGAACCUGAAAUGUAUCCAAAUGGAAUCAGACCGACUACUUUCAAAAGGUGCAUAUCUCAGGGUAAUAAGGAGUUUGAAUCUCAAAGACAACAAGAUGCGAUGGAAUUUUUUACCUUUAUAAUGGAUCGAGUCAAAUCUGUCAACAAAAUGACUCAAUUUAUUCUUGUUGACAAAUUAAAAUGCAUUAAAUGUGGGAAAGUCAAGUAUACAGAACAGAUAAGUAACAGUAUCCAAGUGUCAUUGCCUGAAGAUCCAUCAGUUAGAGACAUUAAUCUGACUGAACAAUUAAACCACUAUUUUGAAGCUAACGCAGAAGACAUUCAAUUUGAUUGUCCUUCAUGUAAGGAAACAGUUAAAGGUAUUAAACAACUGUCACUGAGUUCUGGACCUGACUUGUUGGUCCUGAAUGUAAUGAGAAUGCAAAUUGAUAGGUCCAAUUGGACUGUGAAGAAGACAAGUGAUCCAAUUCGAUAUGAUUCAACUAUUUUUUUAAACUCAUAUGUUACAAAACAUGAUCCAAAUGAAACUAUCUUAGAGGAACCAGAGGAGGAAGAAACAGAUUCAACAUCCGAGUUUAUCCCCCGUGAAAAUGUGUUACUCCAAUUAAUGGAAAUGGGGUUCAGUAAAGAUGCAUGUAGAAAAGCGUUGUAUUAUACCGGAAAUUUACCUGAUGGUGAGGUUGCAGUGCAAUGGUUAUUCGAACACAUUGAAGACCCUGAUAUCAACGACCCAUUAGUCAUAAAAAAUAAGAAUAAUAAUAACAGUGACCAUGACAGUAUGUAUGAGGAAAAAGCAAAAGAGAUGACAGAGAUGGGGUUUGAACAUUCAAUCUGUUUAAAAGCGUUGAAGAUAAACAAAGGUGAUAUUAGUAGUAGUAUUGAAUGGGUGUUCAGCCAUCCAGAUGGUGUCGAGAAUUCGGAUAUCAAAAGCGAUACAACAGAACCAAUAAGAAAACAAAAAGAUGAGCAUUGUGGACACGAAGGGAUGAAUAAUGUUAAAUAUAACUUGCUAGAUGUGGUGUGCCAUAAGGGAAAUUCUGUACAAUCCGGUCACUAUGUAGAAUUUCACCGUGAUUCGAUUGACCAGCCCUGGGUGUUGUAUAAUGAUGAAAAGAUGGUUCAAGUGGACACAGAAGAUGAAAUUCAAAAGAAUGGUUACAUAUAUGUCUAUAAGAGAGAAUCAAUGUGA